AUGUUCUUCUCCAAGAGCCUCAUUGCUAUUUCCGCGCUCUGCUUAAGCCUUUCUCUUCAAGCUCACGCCCAUGCUGCUAUUGCUCCGGCUCUUGACGUCGAGGGUACUCCCGUCCGCAGCGACGUCCAACGCCCCACCAAGGCGAGGCCCUGUGGUAAAGUUGAUCUCAGCGGAAUCGACACCUCCACCGCCAUUACCCCUGCUGCUAAUGGCAGUUUCGUUGCGACCAUUACCAACUUCAAUCCUGGUCUCGAUGGCUCACGUCAAGUGACUGCUGCCGUGAGCGCCGACGGCACGGGCCAGGACUUCGUCGACGCCGAGGUCCUCCAGAACGGAGAGAAGAGACCCACCAGCACGGGCUCGCAGCAACUCGUCGUCCAGAUGCCCGCGGGGAUGACCUGCACGGGCGGCGCGUCGCAGAGCAAGUGCCUCGUAUCCUUCGUCACCGCGGGCCGCUUCGGCAACUGCGUCGUCGUCGACCAAGGUGCUAGCGCGUCGACCAACGCUACGACUGGCACGGACGCCGGGAUCGCGACGGAUGCCGCCGCCACCUCGGUGGCUGAUGCCUCGACGACUGACGCCGCCGCGACGUCGACGUCCAUGGCUACUACUAGUGCCGCCGACGAGGCAGACCAAGCUCAGGCACAGACCAAGGCUGACAAGCUUAAGCAGCUCAUUGAGUCUCAGCUCAAGAACAAGGCCGUCGGCACUCGUGCUGCUCGCAUCGCCCGCCGCGUUUCUGGGCUCCCCGUCGUAGAGGUUCUCGUGUGA